AAUUUAAUCAUACUUAAAUGAAAGAGGUUACAUUCAUUAUUUAACAAAUUUAAAUACUAGUGAUUUAAUACUAAUUAAUAAGUUUCCUAUGUAACACUAAUUAAGUUAUUGUAUUCACUUAUAAACUUAAGUGAACAUUAUUUGAAAAUAUCACUUUAUAUUAAUUUUGAUAUCAUUAUUUAAAAUGAAUACUUUUCGCUCCUUUUGGCGAAUAAAUAGUUUUCACCGAUAUCAACAAAUACGGUUGGGUCAUAGAAUAAGAGGCAAACCUCCACUACAAUGCAGAACAAUAAAAGAACGAUUAGAUGAGCUUAAUUAUAAAGAUGAAUUGUACACAACAAGAAUUGAUAUUGGAUAUCCAUCAGAGAAAAAAUCAUCAUCCAAAGCUCGUGAAGAACGAAUGGAACUUUCGAAAACAACUAAAAACGACAAAAAAAUGGAGGAGCUUGCGCGGAAAGGCCUUUUGGAAAUUGAUAUGGAGAAAUCUAAAAAGGACUGGCUCCAGUCAUUGGGACCCAUGCAUAAGAAACAAAUAGCUGAUCAUUAUGGUGUAUACGAACAUUUAUAUGGAGAAGGAUUUUUCAUACCUCAGUUGCAUUUAGAGGUAUUUUAUGACAUAAGUGAUGGUAACUGCUUACCAGUCUAUUAUGGAAAUGUGAUUAAACCUGCAGAAGCUCUUGAAAGUCCACAUGUUUCAUAUGAUACAGAUGGUAAUACACUAUGGACACUCGCUUUAACUAAUCUUGAUGGACAUUUAGCUGAAAAUGACAAGGAAUAUGUUCACUGGUUUAUAGCCAAUAUCCCUGGAAAUUCAAUCGAAAAGGGGGAUGUUAUUGCUGAUUAUUUACGACCAUUUCCAUUAAAGGGAACAGGCUACCAUAGAUAUGUUUUUGUUUUAUAUAAACAGGAUGGAAUGAUAUCAUAUGAUUUACCCAAAAUCACCUCAUCAUCGCCUCUGGAGGAAAGAACAUUUUGUACUAGGGAUUGGUACAAAAAAUAUCAAGAUAAUAUUACACCUAUAGGACUUGCUUUCUACCAAAGUGACUGGGAUAUAACUGUGAAAGAUUUCUUUAAUAAAACAUUAAAUCGAAAAGAACCAAUUUAUGAAUAUGACUUCCCAGAACCAUACAUAAGGCCUCAAGAGUGGUUCCCCAGGAGGAAACCAUUCAACUUAUACAUGGACAAGUAUAGAGAUCCAAAACAAAUCAACAAAGAAUAUUUACUGAGGAAAUUGAAAACUGAAGAUCCUUUCAAAGCUCCUGCACCUCCCUUAAGAUUCCCAAAUGCCCAUCCACUACCAAGAAAUAUGCCAUCAUGGUUGAAAGUGCAUGAGAAAAAGAUAAGAUUAGGCUGGGGAAGAGUCAAUGAUGUGUAAAUUAGAAUUUAAAAGGAAAUUAAAUUAGAUACCUGUUAA